UCAAGAUCCUUUACCGCUUAAGUUUUAUUUAAUACGUAGAAUUUCUUAAUUGCUUGCUCCUUCAGAGUAAGGUACCACUAUAUAUAACAAAAAAGCAGGUGUAUAGGUCGUCAACUAAUUUUGCAUGUUGCAAAGACAGUAAAGAUGAAUUCGCGAUCUCUGGUAGUGUGGUUUCUUUUGUUGACGGCUGUUUUUGCGGUUACAGUGGUUGCUUCCAUCGAUGACAAAAGACAAGCUGGUGAAAACCAAGUGGAGAACUCAAAGUCGCCAUGCAAGUACGGGAAUUGUGAACAGGUUGAAGAGAUUCCUUUCGUAGAAGCAGGUGAGGUCCUUGGUGGAGAAGAAGAAGAAUCCAAAUAUAGCCAAGGAGGUAGAGGUGGCCAAGGUGGUGGAAGUGGCCAUGGAGGACACCAAGGUGGUGGAAGUGGCCAAGGAGGGUAUAAAGGCGGUGGUGGUGGUCAAGGAGGAGGUGGCCAAGGAGGACAAAAGGGCGGAGGUGGUCAAGGAGGAGGUGGCCAAGGAGGACAGAAGGGCGGAGGUGGUCAAGGAGGAGGUGGCCAAGGAGGACAGAAGGGCGGAGGUGGUCAAGGAGGAGGUGGCCAAGGAGGACAAACGGGCGGAGGUGGCCAAGGAGGACAAAAGGGCGGAGGUGGCCAAGGAGGAGGCGGCCAAGGAGGACAAAAGGGCGGAGGUGGCCAAGGAGGACAAAAGGGCGGAGGUGGCCAAGGAGGACAAAAGGGUGGAGGCGGCCAAGGAGGAGGCGGCCAAGGAGGACAAAAGGGCGGUGGAGGCGGCCAAGGAGGACAAAAAGGCGGUGGAGGCGGCCAAGGAGGACAAAAAGGCGGUGGAGGCGGCCAAGGAGGGCACAAAGGUGGUAGUGGCGGCCAAGGCGGGUACGGAGGUGGUGGCCAAGGAGGGCACAAAGGUGGUGGUGGAGGUGGUGGCCAAGGAGGGCACAAAGGUGGUGGUGGAGGUGGUGGCCAAGGAGGACACAAAGGUGGAGGUGGUGGCCAAGGAGGACAAAAAGGAGGUGGUGGUGGACAAGGAGGCAGUGGGGGUGGCCAAGGAGGACACAAAGGUGGUGGUGGUGGACAAGGAGGCAGUGGGGGUGGCCAAGGAGGAUACAAAGGUGGCGGAGGUGGUAGCGGACGAGGAGGAAGUGGAGGCGGUAGUGGCCGUGGAGGAGGUGGAGGCGGUGGGGGGAUGUAGGGUAUCUCUGCCUAUAAGUAGCAAGUUUCUAUUUUUAAUGUCAAGUGUGUUUACGUAUACAGAACUAUAAUAAAGCUAUAUGUAAUCGAAUGAAUCACACCACUUCGCCGAAUGUUUAUAGCCUUCGGUGUUAUAAAAGUUCUAUGUUUGUUAUC